CCCGCGGCCGUGUCCCCGCUGCCGUCUGCGCUGCUCUGUGCCCACCGAAGGUGGGCGGCAGGGUGCGAGAGCGCGGGGGAGGAGCCGAACAACCCGUUGCUUCCCGAUAGCACAGCCACCGCCCCCAGGAGUUCGCUGGAGCGCGGAGCCCCCUGCAGGGGAGGAGGCGAGCGGCGGGCGGGACGCGGCGGCGAGCGCGCACCAUGCAGUCCCGGCCGGGCCAGCGCCGGCUGCUAGCCGUGCUGUGAGGCGGCCGGGUCUCCCGGCCACCGCAUUCCGCCUUCCUCCCUCCCAGGUGCUGCAGGCGCUCUCGCCUUUGCUCCGGCUCUCGGACCCGGGUGGAACCCACGGCCUGCCUCUGCCCCACUCCGCCUGGAACAUGACGGGGGGCCCGGAGGAAGAGAAGGCGAGUGACAGGCCUGCGCCGACCCUGUUCGGGGGGCGGCCAGCUCUCUGAGACGCCCCCACCUGCUACCAUGUGUCGCCGCCACGGUUACCCAGCCUGUCGCUAAACUUUCCCGGCCUCGGCCCGACUCGGAGUUGCGUUUUUGAGCCGAGUGUCCCAGGGACAGAAGACCCAGGCUGGCUGCAGACAUCUGCCCUUCUCGGCGAGAUCCUUAGAGAGUCCCUUCCCUGGAAUUGGAGCCCUGACCGUCCCUCUCCAGCCCUGUCCUGCGAAGAGCUGAGUGCUGGCAGUGGAGGCAGCGCUUUCCCGAAGCAGUUUAUCUUUGGACGGAUUUCUUUAAGAGAAAAAGAAACCAACAGGUUGCCAACCCCGGCGUCACACGGGAGACUCCGGAGAGGGAAGCCCCAGCCCCGGUUUCCUCUGCCUGCCUUGGCCCCUCGCGGGCUGCAGGAGGAGAGGGGAGGGAGGGGGCGAUGGCUCGGCCUGACCCGUGCGCGCCGCCCUCGCUCCUGCUGUUGCUUCUGGCGCAGCUGGCGGGCCGGGCGGCGGCCGCCUCCAAGGCCCCGGUGUGCCAGGAAAUCACGGUACCCAUGUGCCGCGGCAUCGGCUACAACCUGACGCACAUGCCCAACCAGUUCAACCACGACACGCAGGACGAGGCGGGUCUGGAGGUGCACCAGUUCUGGCCACUGGUGGAGAUCCACUGCUCGCCGGACUUGCGCUUCUUCCUGUGCUCCAUGUACACGCCCAUCUGCCUGCCGGACUACCAUAAACCGCUGCCGCCCUGCCGCUCCGUGUGCGAGCGCGCCAAGGCCGGCUGCUCGCCUCUCAUGCGCCAGUACGGCUUCGCCUGGCCAGAGCGCAUGAGCUGUGACCGUCUCCCUGUGCUGGGCCGCGACGCCGAGGUCCUGUGCAUGGAUUACAACCGCAGUGAGGCCACCACGACGCCCCCCAAAUCCUUCCCAGCCAAGCCCACCCUCCCAGGCCCGCCAGGGGCGCCGUCCUCCGGGAGCGAGUGCACAGCAGGGGGCCCAUCUGUGUGCACGUGCCGCGAGCCCUUCGUGCCCAUUCUGAAGGAGUCGCACCCACUCUACAACAAGGUGCGAACAGGACAGGUGCCCAACUGUGCGGUGCCCUGCUACCAGCCGUCCUUCAGCCCAGACGAGCGCACGUUCGCCACCUUCUGGAUUGGUCUCUGGUCAGUGCUUUGCUUCAUCUCCACUUCCACGACGGUGGCCACUUUCCUCAUUGACAUGGAACGCUUCCGCUAUCCGGAGCGCCCAAUUAUCUUUCUGUCAGCCUGCUACCUGUGCGUGUCGCUGGGAUUCCUGGUGCGCCUGGUGGUGGGCCAUGCCAGUGUGGCCUGCAGCCGGGAGCACAACCAUAUCCACUAUGAGACGACAGGCCCUGCGCUGUGCACCGUCGUAUUCCUGCUAGUCUACUUCUUUGGCAUGGCCAGUUCCAUCUGGUGGGUCAUCCUGUCGCUCACCUGGUUCUUGGCGGCUGGCAUGAAAUGGGGCAAUGAGGCCAUUGCGGGUUAUGCACAGUACUUCCACCUAGCAGCGUGGCUUAUUCCCAGCGUCAAGUCCAUUACGGCGCUGGCUCUGAGCUCGGUGGACGGGGACCCGGUCGCCGGCAUAUGCUACGUGGGCAACCAGAACCUGAACUCUCUUCGCGGCUUCGUCCUGGGCCCACUGGUGCUCUACCUCCUGGUGGGCACGCUCUUCCUCCUAGCGGGCUUCGUGUCGCUUUUCCGCAUCCGCAGCGUCAUUAAGCAGGGCGGCACCAAGACGGACAAGCUGGAGAAGCUGAUGAUCCGCAUUGGCAUCUUCACGUUGCUCUACACGGUGCCCGCCAGCAUCGUGGUGGCCUGCUACCUGUACGAGCAGCACUAUCGCGAGAGCUGGGAGGCGGCUCUCACCUGCGCUUGCCCGGGCCCCGACGCCGGCCAGCCGCGCGCCAAGCCCGAGUACUGGGUGCUCAUGCUCAAGUAUUUCAUGUGCCUGGUGGUGGGCAUCACGUCGGGCGUCUGGAUCUGGUCCGGCAAGACAGUGGAGUCGUGGCGGCGCUUCACCAGCCGCUGCUGCUGCCGCCCGCGGCGGGGCCACAAGAGCGGGGGCGCUAUGGCCGCCGGGGACUACGCCGAGGCGAGCGCGGCGCUCACUGGCCGGACCGGGCCUCCGGGCCCCUCUGCCGCCUACCACAAGCAGGUGUCCCUGUCGCACGUAUAGGAGGAGGCCUCGGCCGAGGGACCCGUGCUGGGAGUUGAGGGAGGGGGUUGUUUUGUUUCGUAGCUUGAGAAGGUCACUUCCGUUUACCUUCAUGGUGCUGAUGCCCCCUCCCAGGACAAGUUGGAGAGAGGGAAAAGGGGCAGUUUCCAGGGAGCCUCUGUCCCAGUUCUUCAAGGGGCUCUGCUCACGUGUAUACUGAUUUGCGUUUCUUACUGCCGCCUUUAGAGGAACCCUCUUUUUAAUUUAUAUGUAUUGUUCUUAAUUUUUAACUGUUGCAUUUUGGCAACAGAAUUUACCUUUGCUUUGGGGGCUUUACAAUCCUAAAGUUGGCAUUGUAAUGAGGUUCCAUUUGGUUCAGGUUUCUUUGAACUGUGUGGUCUAAAUUGGGAAAAUAUAUUUCCUAUACGUGUGUCUUUUAAAAAAAAUGUGAACAGUGAAAGUUUGGGUUGCUGUGACUGGAAAGGAGUGGAGUGUGCUUUUUCAACUAAUUUCUCCUUCCACUGCUUAAAAGUGUCCAAGCUGCUUUAGAACUGCUGCACGUCCCAGAGUACAGCCCCAAGUCCUCCCAAGGAGGGGAACAUAAUGUGCUAGGGCCUCUCCAGGUUGACAGGUUUAGGUGAGGGAGUGCCUGGGGAUUUUGUGUGCAUCCUUAACCUUGUCAGUUGAGCUUUGGGUUCUUUGCAGCAGUCAUUUUCAUUCCUAACAGAACCAGUGUCCUGUCCAAGUUAGAAGUAGCAGCUAGAAUGUCCGCCAUAAACAUUUGCAAUAAUAAGAGCCUAAGAGAUAGUGAUUGGUUGAGCCUGAAUUCUACACUGGUGAGAUGGUAAGCUUUGUGCCAGAGAGGGGGUGGGUGGUUCUUAAUAAGCUUCUGUGAUCCCUUAUUAUUUUAAAGGAACUUGUGUUACAAUUUUGGUGAAAGUACACCCACUCUCCUCUUCUGGAAAUACUUAGGGAUUGUUGCUAAAGAGGGCUCCCUUUUAAAUUAAAGGACUAAAACGGAUAUGCUUCCAGUAAUUAAAGUAAAUUUCCAGCUUCUCUUAUCUGCUCCCUCACCCUGCCUCCUUUAUCAUGUUAAACAGUCUUUUUGCUUUUCUUAUUCCUUCUCUCCUGGAGAGCUGUGAUUAGAAACCACACCCACCCUCCAGUGAAGUGCUUGAACUGGGGGAGGGAGGCUGGCUACCUGUGAACAAACAUUGGCCCCAAGGAGGGAAAACAAGUGUCCCUGGACUCAGGGCUAGUUUUUUCCCCCCAAAGCAGCAAUACAGUGCUCUCUGCAGUCUCUGAAAACAAAUGAGACCCACAACAUCCUUGCAUAAGCUUUUAAAUAUGAUUAGUGGAAUACCAUUGCAAAAAGAAGCCCCCUCCCCACUCCACUUCCCGCCUCACCUUAAUUUUCCUUUUCCUUUUCUGAGAAAAAGAAAGGCCUAUAACACACUUGCUGUUACUAGGUUUGUUUUCCUAAUGUUUAACCAUUCCUUCAUAUAUGAAAGCCUAUAUCUUGGUGAAUACACACACACACACACACACACACACACACACACACACUUCUUUGCCUUCGGAAGUUAUGUUCUCCUAAUCUGUUUAACCAUUCAUUCAUGAAGAGUGUGAGGACACCACUGGGAAAGGGGUGACAGUGCAUCAGCCAGAAAAUACCAGUGACCAGGACUGAGUGGAAAAGAAAUUUAAUGGCCAAAGCAAUUAAAGACUGAGAAAGCUUCCCUAGGGAAACAAUUGGAAUCUAGGCAUUUGAGCUUCAUUUGAACCAAAGUUAGAAAAAUUUAAACCUACAUCAUUUUUCCUUCAUGAGUGUUGAAUAGACAAAUACAUAGUUGCCACAGGGAAUCAAAAUAGUUGGUGGAGAGAAGUCUAGUACCAUAGCUCCAAAGCUGAUCACAUUAAUAAAAUGGUACUGCUCUUGCCCAGCUCAUUCUCUGAAUCAAAAUUAAAAAUCCCGGAGAUUUGACAGAACCGUGUAUACAUAGCUACAGAACUUUGUGCAUAUCUUAUUCCUCUAUUUAUUCAGAAGUCUCUUCCUAGAACCUUGCAAUGGAUCUCCUGCCUGGCCACCAGUUCCUCUCCUUUUUUCAAAUGAGAUCACCUUGACCUCAUACCUCAUUUAACAUGUCUUCCCAGAAUCUGCUGCCUUCAGAUUUGGGCUAUCCCCCUUCCUUCAAAUCCAGAAAUGAUGCACUAAAUCUAAAAGUUGUAGGAUGAAGUGAGUGGAUUCACACUUUUUUUGUUGUUGUUGUUGUUGCAACAUCCCAAACCUGAAAACAAUUAAUUUAACCUGCAAAAUUAGACAGUUAAAACAUAGCUGCUAAGUCAAGAGAGGCAAGCAAGAUAGGUUAUGCUUUCUGAGAUCUAGUUUCAGAAGCACCUUUUAUUCUCACCUCUGCUCUCCUUCCCUCAUUCACUAAAAGAAACAAAGAUACCCCCCCCCUUUUUAGUACUCAGCCAACCCACCUAGGGAGAACACUGCAUCUAUUUAUAGCCACUCCUUAUUUCUACCAUUAUACUUAUUUUUCCCUGUUUUGCAUUUUUGUUAUAAAAACAAAUCAUACUCAUGAAAACAGUUAUAAAAUGAAAGGCUAUGGGGUAGGUAGUUCAGCAACUUCUUCACAGCCACCCUUGUGAGGUUGGGAUGUAGGGGCCCUGUUUCUAUCUCAGAUCCAGUUUCUGGACUGUCCCUUUCACUGUCCAGUUUUAAGCAGUGUCUCACUUCACAGGUUAGCUGGGGAGGAUCUAGGUAGAAAAUUGCUUGCAGGAACUAAUGGGACCUCAGUGGCCAGAUUGUGGGAAGUUUUUAAAAUUUAUAUUAUUUCCCUCCUCGCAUUUUGAAGUUGUCUAAAUUGGCUGGAAAUAAUUUUUCUUGGUGCCUUAUUGGUUUAUUCACACAAACCUUUUGUCAAGUUUCCAUGUGACUAUUGCCGAUGACCAGGUCCUGUGUGUAUGUGUUGUGUGUAAUUGUGUGCACGUACAAGCUUAAAUAAUAUGCCGACAGCACUGUUUCAAAGUUGGUAUUCAUUAGGCAGUUCCCUCCUGGGCCAGGGCUGCACUAAUCUUGACACGGGCUGCCAGGAGAAAACCUCAUGGAUCACACACCGAACCUUAAUAACAGCAUCGGUGACCUGCACUCUCUGGUACAGAAUGGGAACCCCAGAGCUAGGAAGCGCAGUUGUAUAUUUUAAUGAACUGCUACCCCUGCUAAAGAAGCUUCUUUCACUUUUGUGCUCUACAGAAAGACCAAGGGGGGUAGGAGGGACAAAGCUUUGAAUAACUGCUUUCUAACACCGAAUGUGGCAAACAGGAUGGAGCACAUCACAAAUCUAGGCAGGUGUGAGGUACAGUGACUAAGAAUCCCUGCUCCCUCUGCAUGCCCUUUUUUGUCUCCAAAGUCUAAUCAAGUGAUUCUGGGGAAGAAAUAUGCCUGGGUUGGGGAGGGUGGUUCUGAAAGAAAAAAACUACCAAGACAUUAAAGAAGGGUGAAGGAUAGGCAGGAUGUAAGUUAACCUGACUCAAAACUCAGAAGCUUCUAGCAGCCUGAUGACAAUUACAGGAUUUAUUUCAGCCAGCAUGUCUGUCUGUCUAUGGCACAUCUUUUAAAGACAAUAUUACUUCAUGUUUUUACAAACUGUAUGUACAGUAUGUAUGUCUUGUGGGUGUGUAUAUACAUAAUAUAUAUUAUAUAUAUGAGAGAUUUAGUGAUUUUUGAUACGGGUUUGGUGCAGGUGAAUUUCUUACUGAGCCAAAUGAGGCACAUACCGAGUCAGUAGUUGGGAGUCCAGGGCAUUCAGUACUUUUUAUGAUUUCCUAAGUGUGUAGUGCCUACCCCAUGCAGUUUAGUUACUGUCGCUGUCAAAUCCAGAACUCGCAUCAGAGCCAGCGAUAUUUUAUUUGUAGACAAUCAAUUUUAAUCUAUAAAUUAUUACUGACAAAUGAUUAUAAUUCAGAAUCCAUAACACUAAUAAAAAGAAACCCAGAGCAUCAUAAAGAGGUUUUGUUUUGUUCCUGGAAGUAGAGCAGCAAUUGUACAUGGUUAUGUUAGUCUCAAGAUACUUAAGUUGCUGACCUUAUUUCAGAAAAAAUAAUUUGUAUGAAUUCUAUUUGUGGGAAGGUAAAAUAAUGGUUUGAGAUUUUUAUCAAAUAUGGAGAUUAGUUAUUUAUGAAAACAAAGAAAUGUCUAUUUUUGUUUCUUUGUUCCCAAUUAAUGUAGAUAACUUUUAAAAUGCAUUAAAGCAAUGGUAAAGAAAAUAAACAGAUGCCCUUCAAGUCUCUUUCUCAUUUAUGGAGAGACUCUCUGCUUUCUAAGAUGGUCUGAGGAGUGGAUUCUAACUUUGUAAUCUGGUUUUUCAGAUGUUCUUAAAAUAUAAACAUCAAAGUCUAAUAAGUAAAAAUUGAAGCAAAUUCCAGUCACCAGAAGCAGAAUGAAUUAAAGCAUGUUUUACUGGAAUAUACUUUAUUUCUCCUGCCCAUCCUGUGAUUGUUCAAUUAUUCAUUUGAAGAAAUGAAGGGAGCUCCAUGGAAAAACGGAGAUAUUGCCUGUGUUCUGUUUUAUAAACACUGUCUACACACUGAACCUAUUUGGAGAGAGAUGAUGCAAUACUGUGUGUAUUUGGUUAAGGGACGACUCCCAAAAUUGCUUAUCAUUCAGUAAUUGGAUUCACUACUAGGUAUUGAGCUCUAAAUUCAUCAGGGAGCCUGGAGAAGAUAGAAAUUGAUUUAGAGUCCAUACUUACCUGUCACCUAAGCACAGAUGCUUAGUGAGCCUGAAUACUAUCGCCAGUGCAUCUUCUACUGAUUGCUGCUUUGGCAAAAAGGAAAAUUAGCCACCGAUGUUCCAAAUACCACUUCAUUUUAAUGCCUGGUAUGUGAGUGUUCUCUAGCAAUGUUUGGAGGCAAUGUGAGAAAAUGUGUGGGAAAACAAAGGUAAUUAAGAGUUUAAAAUAUCAAGGGAGACAACAAAUCCAUUUAGAGGUGGGAAUAACAACAUGAGAGUAUUUAAUUCAAUGUCAAUGGACACUGAGUGCUAUGGACUUUAUUAGAUUGGUACAUAAGUUAGGACAGGGGGGUUACGGGAAGGGAUAUAACAGGUAGGCAUGAUGCUGACAGAAAAGCAGUUACAGGUACUUAGGUGUACAGGACUAGCUGGCUCAUCUCUCCCUUGCUUUCUCCUGGCUCAUUUUUAGCCAACUGAAAAGGGAGAGAGGAGUACUCACAAGCUGGAGCAGAGACUUUAGAAAAAGUUGGAGAAGAGGUGAACCCAGGAUGAUAUCAUAAUGCUUCUAUUAGUGAUUUAUUUACAGAGCUCUUCAUUUGACGAUGGAAACAGGGUUGAAAGGCAGAAUGGUUAUAAGCCUAGGCUGGGGAGUCAGACAACUGAAAAUUCAAAUCCCAGCUCCACUACUAAUGGGUUGUGAUUCUGAAUUUAAUCUCAUAGUAUUUUUUUCUCAUCUGUGAAAAGGGGGAAAUAGUGGCAAUUAUAUCUUAGGGUUCAGAAGACUUAAAGGAUUAAACCAGGUUAAAGCAGGGUUAAGGUAGUAAAGCUAGGAGGCAGAAGAUGUUCAGGCAUGGAAUAGAAAGGGAGUUGAGAGGAUGUUUUCAAAUUUGAGUCUGCAUAAGAAUCACUUGCAGUUCCUGUGAAAAAUGUAAAUUCCCAAGCCUCCGCCCCAGGAAUUGAGAUUUAGUAGCUCUGGGACCAAAGAAGCUCCCCCUUCCCCCAAAAAAACUUUUAAUUUUGGAAUUUUCUGCAAAUCUAAAGUUAUCCAAGAUUUAAAAAGUUGCAAACGUUACCCAUCAACAUCGUAUAUUUUUACAGGAUGUUAUUGUAACAUUACAACUAAGAAGUCAGUGUUAGCACAUUACAGUGACCUCCAGGCAUCAGAUUUUCUACCAAUGUUCCUAUCUGUGCAGAACCCAAUCCAGGAUACCACUGCAUUUAUUGAAGAUUCAUGUUUCACAGGCACUUUCGGCUGAUGAGGCAGUGGUUUGCAGAUCAAAUCUUGAGAAGAUCUGGGACACUGAAAGGACUGAACAAAAUCAUAUCAUCCCAUCCCCUAGCUGAGGAGUGAAUGCAAUUUUAAAGCAGAAGGUGGUGGAGUUUUGGAAAUGGAAUCCUCUCCAUUAGUUCCCUUAAAAACAAGAUGCCUAAUGCCAGUUGAAAUACCGGAUUUUGGAAGGUGGCAGAUACUACACCUAGUCCAGUCUAGAUCAAAGAUAUAUGCUUAAGGAUGUGAGCAGCUCAGGGGAAUUGCUAAGAACGAGUUAGAGAUAGCUGCUUUGGGGAAAACAGGACUCAGGUGAACAAAGAGACUAGGGGGCAUGUAUGCCAUAUAAAAGCUUUAUUUUCUUGAACCUGGUGCUAAUACUUUGGAAGUCACAGUAAAUAAUAUCAAGCAUUGCCAGGUUGGAGGCUAGCUGAAGGUCAUAGGGUAAAGCUAGAAUGGACUGCUCGUGGGAGGGUCCCAAAGGGCUGAAGCAGCAAUUGAGUCAGCUCUCACUCUGAGCUACAUACAAGAGACACCAUCUUGGGAUUGCAGGUAAAGGAUUGAAUUGAGAAGAUGAAGCAGUAGAUUGUAAGACAAAUUUCUGUGUCCUUUGAGGUAUUUACAGAAGAUACUACUUAUAUCUUAACUAAGGACCUUAGGGUCUGGGACUAUCACACCAAAUCUCCCUAAUCUCAUUGAAAUUGCUUAGUCCUUAAAUCAGUUAAAAUAACCACCCAUCCUUUUACCCCACUGGAUUCCAGAUUCCUCUUAAUUUCUGAUUUCACUUUCCUGAGGCGCAGGAAGAACAAAUAAAGCACAAACUGGUAUUCUUAAACUUUAUCUCACGGCUAAGGAUGCAUUUUCACUUGCCAAACCCAGUGAAAACUGCCUUAGAAACCAAAUGUAUUGCCCCCUGUACUAGGGAAAGGAGCCUUACCGAAGAGCUCCUGGAUCUUUUGUAUUGUUUGCUGGCAGUGUUAGGCCUUCAAGGUUAAGUGUCUGGCUGUUAGAAUUAUGAUGAUCUAAUGAUAGAUUCUAGGUACAAUCUACAGAUUUUGCAUGCAAACAAGCUGUAACUUGGGUUAUUUUUCUGCCAGCUGUUAAGUACUUUUCCAAGUAGUUCUAUUCUCAAGAAUGGGUGAGGAAACAAUUUACUGUCAUCUUAAACAUGGUUAAAGAUUUUAGCUUGCUUGUGUGCAAACUAGUUUCCAAUAAGACUAAAUUGUUUUCUAGUUAAUUUUUUUUAAGAUUUCCUUUUUAGUUGUAGAUGGACACAAUAUCCUUGUUUUUUUUAAUGUGGUACUGAGGAUCAAACCCAGUGCCUCACACACGCUGAGCCUCAACCCCAGCCCCAGAUAUUUGCUUUUUUUAAACCAAAAAAUACUGCAUUUAGGAGCUGUAGGAAACUAAACCAAGAAGUCAAACUGUUAUAAAAUCAGGAUUCAAUGCUAUUGGAUUUCAAUAAUAUAUGGGCAUAUUGGGAGGUAAAUAGGAAAUAUGAAAAUAAAAAGCUUAGAUGGAAUCAGAUAUGUGAAUUUUUUUAAAAUAUAUUUUUAGUUGCCCAUAGACCUUUAUUUAUAUGCAGUGCUGAGACUCGAACCCAGUGCCUCACACAUGCUGGGCAAGCACUCUACCGCUUAGCUACAAUUACAGCUCUGAUUUGUGAAAUUUUUUUAACCAGAAAAUACCGAGACUAAAGUUGUGGUGUCAGGAUGAACCACAUAAAAUUACUCAGGCAAUUAUUUUUUGACUGGCAAAAUGGCAGUUUCACUGGGUUUAAAUAUGUAUUUCAAAUUUGUUUUUUCCUUGUCAUGAAAGUUCACAAUACACCAAUUAAAAUUUGAGGUCUAUAUUACAGUCUUAAAAAUGAAGCCAAAAAAAAAAAAAAAAACCCACCUCAAACCCCCAAA